AAUGCCUUACAUGGUUUCUCCCCGCUGUCACCCGCCACCCAAAAAUAGCCCCCGGCACCCAGCCUCCGGCCUCGUGGCCGAGACAUGGCUGCUGCCUCUGAGCCGGUGGUGCAGUCCGGUGCGCCCUGGGGACCUGCGCGCCCAGAGCCGCCUCCCAUCCGCUUCCACCAGGUGCAUGGCGCCAACAUUCGCGUGGACCCCUCCGGGACGCGGGCCACGCGCGUGGAGAGCUUCGCCCACGGCGUGUGUUUCAGUCGUGAGCCGCUGGCCCCGGGCCAGGUGUUCCUGGUGGAGAUUGAAGAGAAAGAGCUGGGCUGGUGCGGGCAUCUGCGCCUGGGUCUGACUGCGCUGGACCCUGCCAGUCUGGCCGUGGUGCCCGAGUUCUCGCUGCCCGAUCUGGUCAGCCUUGGCCACACCUGGGUCUUCGCCAUUACACGCCACCACAAUCGUGUGCCCCGGGAGGGCCAGUCUGGGGUUGAGGUGGUGGCUCCCAGCCGACCCCCGAUCUUGGUGGAGCCUUAUCUGCGCAUUGAGCAGUUUCGCAUUCCGCGGGACCGUCUGGUGGGCCGCAGCCGGCCCGGGCUCUACAGCCACCUGUUGGAUCAGCUCUAUGAGCUGAACGUGCUGCCUCCCACCGCGCGCCGCAGUCGCCUGGGCGUCCUCUUCUGCCCACGCCGGGAUGGCACCGCCGACAUGCACAUCGUCAUCAACGGGGAAGACAUGGGUCCCAGCGCCCGGGGGCUGCCAGCUGCCCGGCCCCUCUACGCUGUGGUGGACGUGUUUGCCUCCACCAAGAGUGUGCGCCUGGUCCAGCUCGAAUAUGGCCUGCCAUCCCUGCAGACGCUGUGCCGCUUGGUGAUCCAGAGGAGUGUGGUGCACCGGCUGGCCAUCGAUGGGCUCCACUUGCCCAAGGGACUCAAGGACUUCUGCAAAUAUGAGUGAAAGUCUGCAGGAGGAAGCUGCUGACCAUGUGGCUGCUGGCCCAGAGAUAAGCACGGCCAAUGCUGACGCUCUCUGAUCCUUGCAGGGUCUCCUUGCCCCGUAACCCAUGAGAGGCACUUCUAGAAUCUUCUAGAAUCCGUGUGGGUUGGCAGGUCAGGGUAGAGAGCAUUUUUUUUUUUUUUUUUUUUUGGUUAAGGUUUAUUUAUUUAUUUGAAAGGCAAAGUUGCAGAGAAAGGAGAGACAGAGAGAGAUCUUCCAUCUACUGGUUUACUUCCCAAAUGAGUACAAUGGCUAGAACUGGGCCAGUCUGAGGCCAGAAGCCAGGAGCUUCAUCUGGUCUUCCAUGCUGAUGCAGGGGCCCAAGGGCUUGAGCCAUCUUGCACUGCUUUCCCAGGCACAUAAACAGGAAGUUGAACCAGAAGUGGAGCAGCCGGGACUCCAACCAGUGCUCAUCUGGAAUGCUGGGGCUGUAGGCGCCUCCUUUACUGGCUACCCCACAGCACUGGCCCCAAGAGCUCUUCAGACAUCAUUCAGGCCUGUGGUUCCUGACCUGGCCACUCUCAUUAGCCUUGUAGAAAAUUCAGAAUGCCAAUGCCAGGCCCAUCUCAAGAUUCUUUUAAUUUAUUGAGGGAUUGGGCCUUGAGUUGAGAAGCAUUUUUCUAGAACAGAAGUUUCAUUUCAGGCACACAGUCAUCCCCCAGAAAUCUCAGAACCUGGGGGCUGGUGCUGUGGCACAGUUUAUCAGGCCACCACCACCACCUGUAAUGCCCACAUCUCAUUUGGAUGUCAUUUUUAGUUCUGGCUGUUCCACUUCCAAUCUAGUUCUCUGCUAAUGCACCCAAAAAGCACUAGAAAAUGGCCCAAGGGCUUGGACCUCUGCACCCACUUAGGAGACCCAGAUGAAGUUCCAGAUUGCUGACUUCCACCUGGAACAGCCCUGGCUGUUGUGACCACUUGGGACAUGACCCAGCAUCUCUGCUUCUUAAUGAACAAAUAAAGAGAGACAUGGAUAAAUAAACAAAUCUUCUUUUUUAAUUCUCUUACCUGGAUCUGACACUGGGAUUCUGAUCUGGUUGUGAGGUUAAUCAGAGACCACGCCAGACACAAAGAUGUUGAUAUAUGGAGCCUUUGUUUAUCAACUGGGAUGGCAGCCACGCAGCAAGACACUGGUAGACUGCGCCCCACACCUCUGAAGUCAAGGGUUUUUAAAUGCUUAAACCCCAUCCUGUUGAACCCAGGUCUCCAGGAUGUAUUACGGCUGGCUAUACUGUCUGGUCAUCUAUCAACCAAUAGCAGAGAACAGUUGAGGCAGGAAAAGGCAGUGUAGCAAGCUGUUUACAGAAGCCAAUGGUGCGAUGCAGGGAGGGGUGCGUAACUGCAGGAAUAACAAUUACAAAUCUCAUGAUCUGUUAAUGUCAUGCUGGGGCAGUUCUCAGAAACCAAAUGGGGCUGAGGUCCCCCAGAGUAUUAAGAUGGGAGUUACCCUUGUCUUUCUAUAAUGGGGUCACUUGAGUUACUUUUCCCUUUGUCACAAUCUA